GGCCCUGCUUUUAUACAGGAACAGAAUCCCCCUGAUUGGGUUGCGGGCGAUUCCCGGAGUCAACGGCCGCGCGGUCCCGGAAGUGCGGGAGUGAUUCGCAUUGGCUUAGCGGACCCGUGCGCGUUUCUGAUUGGUCGAUUUCAAUUAGCCGACAUCUUCCCAGCCCCCUUAAAAAAAGAAUCAAUUCUAAGUUACUUGUGUCUUUGAGGGUGCUUCACAACUCGUUAAUUAUCGUUAAUAAUAAUUUUGAAGUUUCCUCCUGUUUCGGUAGAGAAAAUAGAAUAUGUUCGAAAGAGAAAGCGCUUUACAAUUUCUCUUAACAAAAUGUCCGCCAUUUUCUAUUUAUCCCGUUUUCAUCUGGGUGGUAUUUACUGUCCUUAUCUAUUUGCAAGUUCCACUGUUUUUGAGAUUAUCAUGCCCGAGCCCGCCAAGGCGGCUCCGGCCCCGAAGAAGGGCUCCAAGAAGGCGGUGACCAAGGCGCAGAAGAAGGACGGCAAGAAGCGCAAGCGCAGUCGCAAGGAGAGCUACUCGGUGUACGUGUACAAGGUGCUGAAGCAGGUGCACCCCGACACCGGCAUCUCGUCCAAGGCCAUGGGCAUCAUGAACUCGUUCGUCAACGACAUCUUCGAGCGCAUCGCGGGCGAGGCGUCCCGCCUGGCGCAUUACAACAAGCGCUCGACCAUCACGUCCCGGGAGAUCCAGACGGCCGUGCGCCUGCUGCUGCCCGGGGAGCUGGCCAAGCACGCUGUGUCCGAGGGCACCAAGGCCGUCACCAAGUACACCAGCUCCAAGUAAAACGACUCCAGUCAUCAGACAAGCUUUAUAACCCAAAGGCUCUUUUCAGAGCCACUCAGUUUUUGCAUAUUGAGAGUUGUAAUAAGUUUUCUCAGCACACUUUUAUGGUAUGCAUGGAUUUUGUGAAAUGUGUACAGUAGGAACUUGGCUAAAGCUCUAGAAAGAGUAGUUUGUUUUUUGUGUUUGUUAAGUCUUUAAUUUGUCCUUCUAUUUUGCCUAAUUGUUUAGAUUUUAAAAUUAUUUUGUAGUUGGUGUCUGGAGCUUAUGAUUGCCUGUGCUUAAGUACAUGUACUUGGGUUAUUUGUUUUAAAUACAACGCCUACAUUAUAACAAUAUAAUUGGAUGUGUUUCAUAACCGUUAAGUCAUGCACUGAGAAGAAAUUAUUUUACAAAGGACACCAAGUCUCAAUUUUAGUCAUCAUAUAGUAGAGACUGAAUUAGGUCUGGGGAAUUACUGGACCCCAUAAUUUAAUCUUAACUACCAAUAUAGACUGCUUCAAAGAUACUUCUUCAAGGUUGCAAUAACAAUUUUUAAUUUUCCUUAUUUUGCCUUUUUGUUACAGAUGUAUAGUGUGUUGAGUUGGUUUCUGAAACCCUAAUUUUGACCUACUUUUUAUUUUUUGUUUUUCUUCCCCUCAGUUUUUCCUUCUGUAUUCAUUUAGACAGAAAAAAAAAAAGAAUAAAAUGAAAAAAACAAGAGUAAAAAAAGAUCUAGGUAUGCAGGGAUCACACAAGAUAUGGAUGGAAACCAGGAGGUUUCAUGUGUAAAUUAUUUAAAAGUUGACCGUUUGUUUUCUUGCUGCCAAAAGUAAAAUGACUUAGAUGUAUUGUUGAGUCCAGACCAGGGUUUAUAGGCUUGAUAUCAGGGAGACCUGCAAGGUGUGAUGGAUGGACGUAUGUGCCACUUCACUGUUGGGGAUAUGUAUGAAGGGUUACAUAGUAGUGAAAGGGAAUGUUCCCACUAUAGGGCCCCCCUUUCCCUUUUUUAAAUAUGUCUUCCAUUAGAUAAAGAUUGCAGUUUCAGUUCUUCAUAUCUGUUAUUUUAGAUGCAACAUGGACUGCUGAAGAUGCUAAGUGUGUUGGCUAACUGUAUUAGUUUUCUAUUGCUGCCUAACAGAUGACCUUGAAUUUACUAGCCUCAAAUAACCCACAUGUAUUAUGUGACAGUUUCUGUGGAUCUGGGCAAGGUGUAGCCGAGUCCUAUAUAAGGAUGCUAUUGAGAUGUUAGCUAGGAUAGAGGACUCUUGGAUGCUUGACUGGUGAAAUAUCAUCUUCUGAGCUCACUGGGUGGCUGCAUUUGUUUGCGGUUGUGGGGCUGAGAAUUCCAUUUUCUUUCUUGC